CCUCCCGUCAUGUGAGGUUAUCUUGGAGCUCCGCCAGUCCGCUCCCGAUCCUUGCUCCGAUCCCCAAACCCGACGGUAUCACAAAUCCUUUCUUCACAUUUCCCUCCAGAAAGUCAGAAACAACCACCGUCGCCAGCCUCGAUUCAUGGGGUUGUUAAGUGCUCUCUCGUUGAUAGCAGUCAUCUUCUCAGUUGAACUGUUGAAGUCUCGUACAUAAUCACCAUCGAACAAAUUUGAACCCUGGAGCUGGAGGAGAAUCAUGAUUACUGAUCGUCUCCGCCAUGAAGAAUGCUGCCCUUGCUUCUUCAUCUCUCUUUACAGAUGUCCGAGCAACCGCCAACCGUUACGCUGCCCUACUGCAGCUCUGCUGCCCCCAAGGUCCAAAAUCUUACUCCCUUGCACGGAGUGUCCACGCCCACAUGAUCACUUCAGGUUUCAGGCCACGCGGACACAUCCUCAACCGUUUGAUCGACAUCUACUGCAAGUCCCGCAACAUCGCUUACGCUCGCCACCUCUUUGAUGCAAUUCCCAAACCAGACAUUGUUGCCCGGACGACCCUGAUUUCUGCUUACUCCGUUGAAGGGUCAUUGAAGCUUGCGCGAGAACUAUUCGAUGGAACGCCGGUAAGUGUUCGUGAUACCGUUUCCUACAAUGCGAUGAUUACGGGGUAUUCGCAUAAUGGUGACGGUCACUCCGCCGUUAAGCUCUUCUCUGACAUGAGGUGUGACUGCUUGCGACCCGAUAAUUUCACGUUGACUAGCGUUCUCAGUGCGCUGGUCCUUAUUGUCGAUGAUGAAUUGCAGUGCCAACAGUUUCACUGCACCGUGGUAAAGUCAGGAUUGGAAUCUGUUGUUUCUGUGUUGAAUGCGCUUAUAUCUCUUUAUGUGAAGUGUGCAGGAUUCUCUUCGUCAUUGAUGAACUCUGCUAGGAGGUUAUUUGACGCAAUGCCAGAAAAAGAUGAAUUGUCGUGGACAACGAUGAUCACUGGGUAUGUGAAGAGAGGUGAUCUUGAUGCUGCACGCAAGCUUUUUGAUGGGAUGACAGAGAAGUUGGAAGUUGCUUGGAAUGCAAUGAUUUCAGGUUAUGUCCACCACGGUUUCACUUUGGAGGCACUGGAGAUGUUUAAGAGGAUGCGUUCUGAGGGAAUUCAGUUUGACGAGUUCACUUACACAAGUAUUCUCAGUGCUUGUGCGAAUGCUGGAUUGUUUAGGCAUGGAAAGCAGGUGCAUGCAUACAUUCUACGCACAGAAGCAAAACCUGCUCCCGAUUUUUCAUUACCUGUUAAUAACGCAUUGGUCACUUUGUACUGGAAAAAUGGUAAAGUUGAUCAGGCGCGUAGAGUUUUUGACAGAAUGUUGGAAAGGGAUCUUGUAUCAUGGAAUGCAAUCUUAUCAGGAUAUGUGAAUUCAGGGCGCAUUGAUGAAGCUAAAAUCUUGUUUGAGGAAAUGCCAGGGAGGAACCUUUUGACAUGGACAGUAAUGAUUUCAGGGUUUGCACAAAAUGGGCUUGGUGAGGAAGGGCUGAGGUUAUUCAACCGAAUGAGAAUAGAAGGAAUUGAACCAUGUGAUUAUGCAUUCACUGGUGCUAUAAUUGCCUGUGCGGGCCUUGGAGCACUGGAGCAUGGGCGGCAGCUCCAUGCACUGCUUGUUCGUUUUGGAUAUGAUUCAAGCCUGUCAGCUGGAAACGCACUGAUGACAAUGUAUGCAAGGUGUGGGGCUGUUGAGGCAGCCCAUCAUGUUUUCCUUACAAUGCCUUAUAUGGACUCCGUUUCUUGGAAUGCCAUGAUUGCCGCACUUGGACAGCAUGGACAUGGUGCUCAAGCGCUUGAGCUCUUUGACCGCAUGUUGAAGGAGGGCAUAUUACCUGAUCGGAUCACCUUCCUCACAGUUCUAUCUGCUUGUAGCCAUGCAGGUCUGGUGAAGCAAGGAUGUGCUUAUUUUGAGUCAAUGGAUCGCAUAUAUGGUAUUAGUCCAGGUGAAGAUCAUUAUGCACGCUUGAUUGAUCUACUAUGUCGAGCAGGGAAAUUUUCAGAAGCAAAAAAUGUAAUUGAAACAAUGCCAUUUCAACCAGGUGCCCCUGUUUGGGAGGCACUUCUUGCUGGUUGUCGGAUUCAUGGUAAUAUGGACCUAGGGAUCCAAGCUGCAGAACGACUUUUUGAGCUGAUGCCAAAGCAUGAUGGGACUUAUAUCUUGUUGUCAAACAUGUAUGCCAACAUGGGCCAGUGGGGCAAUGCGGCUGAGGUCCGGAAACUAAUGAGGGAUCGAGGGGUGAAGAAAGAGCCUGGUUGUAGCUGGAUUGAAGUUGGAAGCAAGGUCCAUGUAUUCUUGGUAGAUGACACAAUGCACCCUGAGGUGCAGGAGGUGUACAGAUAUCUUGAGAAACUAGGACUGGAGAUGAGGAAGUUAGGAUAUAUCCCAGAUACUAAGUAUGUAUUGCAUGAUGUCGAGUCUGAGCACAAGGAAUAUGCCUUGUCUACCCAUAGUGAGAAGCUAGCAGUUGCGUUUGGGCUCUUGAAGCUUCCCCGUGGAGCCACAGUUAGGGUUCUCAAGAACCUUAGGAUCUGUGGGGAUUGCCACACUGCAUUCAAGUUCAUGUCUAAGGUAGUGGAGAGAGAGAUUGUUGUGAGAGAUGGGAAGAGGUUUCACCAUUUUCGGGAUGGUGAAUGUUCUUGUGGCAACUAUUGGUGAAUAGGAUGAUAGUUUGAAAUAGACAUCAUGUAAAUCAUUGACCCCUUGUUUGAUGUUAAAUGACUUUGGCCACUCACAUCAAGAAGGCAACUUGGAACCAAUGAUUAAUUACCAAGGAGUUGCAAAACAUUUGUUACCAAGGAUAAGGAAUAAGGAUAUAUCUGAACAUGUUGGUUUCAUAUACAGGAAGAACCAUGAGAAGGACUUUCUUGAACUUUUCACUAUGUUUUGGUGAUUCGAUGCACUAACCAUGUAAAUCAAGGACCAAUUAUUGUGGAAGGGUAUCAGUUCAGUCUUUUAUUGACUCAUGUUUUGGAGAGGGAUAUGGUGGAAAGUGCAAGUGUGGAGAUAGUCUAGGUGAAGGUGGAUUUUUUUUGAUAAGUAAUUGAAGAUGGAAAUCUCUAUUAAUGAGGUGAGUUUGAUGUUUUAUUUGGGGACAUUUCAAGGGUGAACCAACUGAAGCUAAACUUCAGUCAACCAUUGAUUUUCAGGUGCAUCUGCAAAUUAAUUGAUGAGAUGUCUGGUUCCCGAAGAGAUACAUAAUAAUGGCUUAUGGUAGUAAGCCAUUGGUCCUGGGAUUGAAGUUUACAGAAAAUGUUUUGACAACCAAAGUGCAAACUUUUGGUGGCGGAAGAACUUGCUAAUUCUUGCCAGAAUUUGAAUAGCAUGGCUAUUAUUUGAUAGGCUCAUGAGCUGUUACAUUGAUUCCCUUUUCUGAGGUCUUAUAUAUAUUUAGCCGGUGUACUCUAACACAUGCAUCUUUGGACAUAUGUGCAUCUGACCUAUUUUGUUCUGUCUACAAUUCAUUUUUAGGAAAAAGAACUUCAGCAAUGGCAUAGUUCAUUGGCAUAGUCCAUUAAGAAGGAUAUAUAUGUCACAAACCACUAAUUUUGUUUUGGAACACUGCUAAUGUCAGUCAAUUAUUGGAGAACUUAUGUGCAACGUGCCUUUUCCAA